AUCCUGACAGUGUUCUCCAUCACUGGGGCAUUCAUAGCUAAAGACUGACGCUACUGAGAUAGAACCGUGAGUGGGGCAUGAAAAGAAUGGAUUUCAGGGAGCUGCGCUUCGCUCGUGCCAUGGAGUUCACCAUCCACGAGAUCAACAACAGAUCGGAUCUCCUGCCGGGAAUCACGUUAGGAUACCAGAUACACGACUCGUGCUCUGAAGCGCCGAUGGCUGUUAAAGUUGCAUUCCAGUUUGCAAACGGCAUGGAACCAUUUUACAAUGAUACUGAUUCCUGUUCAAAAUCUGCAGCUGCUGCUGUUCCUGCUCUAGUAGGAGAAUCUGCUUCUACCACUUCAAUUAGCAUGGCUAGAAUUCUGGGCCUUUUUGGAAUUCCACAGGUGAGUCACUACUCAACCUGUGCAUGUCUGAGCGAUAAGCGUCAGUAUCCUGCCUUCCUCAGGACCGUGCCUAGUGACCAACACCAAGCGGCCGCACUGGCAAGAAUGGUGAAGUAUUUCGGCUGGACAUGGAUUGGGGCAGUGCGCAGCGACACAGACUAUGGAAAUUAUGGAAUGGCGUCGUUUCUAAAGGCUGCGCAGGAGGAGGGAAUCUGUGUGGAGUACUCCGAGUCCUACUACAGAACACAACCGCGCAGUAAACUGGAGAGAGUGGCGAACGUCAUCCGGAGAUCAACAGCCCGGGUAAUAGUAGCGUUUGUUAACUCAGGAGAUAUGAGGUUUCUGUUGGAGGAGCUGGCGAGACAGCCGCCGCCUCCCAUGCAGUGGAUCGGCAGCGAAACGUGGGUCACUCACCCAGAAUUUCUUAAAUUUAACAUGUGCGCUGGGGCGAUAGGAUUUGGGAUCCCCCGCUCGGUGAUUCCAGGUCUUCGUGAGUUUCUUCUGGAUCUCUCUCCAGCACAAGCACUGAAAUCUCCUCUGCUGACGGAGUUUUGGGAGAGCUCGUUCAGCUGUAGCCUAAAAGGCUCCUCAGAGGGCGCGCGGGAAUGUGACGGCAGCGAGGACAUCCGCGCGCUGCAGAACCCGUAUACAGACACGUCGCAGCUGCGCAUCACUAACAUGGUGUAUAAAGCUACGUAUGCCAUAGCGCAUGCCAUCCACGCUGUUAUCUGUAAUGACACGCAGUGCGACAAGAGCGCUAAAUUCACACCAUGGCAGAUACUGAACCAGCUCAAGAGAGUGAACUUCACUGCAAAGAAUGGUUUUCAGGUCUCCUUUGAUUCCAGUGGAGAACCUGUGGCCGUCUACGAGCUCAUAAACUGGCAGUUUAAGAAAGAUGGUAGGUUGGAUUUUGUGACUGUGGGUCACUACGACUCAUCCAGACCAAGAGGCCAGGAGUUCAGUAUGAGCAGAGCUAUCAGCUGGAUGCAAGAACAGAAUGAGGUACAGUAUAACUCCCUGCACUCUUCAAGGUCCGAUAACAUAGAAAACCUUUGCAGGAGUAUAGAACUUUCAGAAUACAGGGGCCAGGUUCCAAGGUCUGUGUGCAGUGAGAGCUGUCCUCCAGGAACCAGGAAGGCUGUGCAGAAAGGAAAGCCAGUCUGUUGCUAUGACUGUAUACCAUGUGCAGAAGGAGAGAUCAGCAACAAGACAGACUCUUUAGACUGUUUGCACUGCCCUCCCGAGUUCUGGCCCAAUGCCCAUCAAGACAGCUGCCUCCCCAAGCCUGUGGAGUUCCUGUCCUGGGACGACACUCUGAGCAUCAUCCUGACCGUGUUCUCCAUCAGUGGAGCCUUCAUAGCUGUAUGUGUGGCUGCUGUUUUCUACAAACACAAAACUUCUCCAAUUGUGAGUCACUACGCAACCUGCGCAUGUCUGAGCGAUAAGCGUCAGUAUCCUGCCUUCUUCAGGACUAUACCAAGUGACCACCACCAAGCGGCCGCACUGGCAAGAAUGGUGAAGUAUUUCGGCUGGACAUGGAUUGGGGCAGUGCGCAGCGACACAGACUAUGGAAAUUAUGGAAUGGCGUCGUUUCUAAAGGCUGCGCAGGAGGAGGGAAUCUGUGUGGAGUACUCCGAGUCCUACUACAGAACACAACCGCGCAGUAAACUGGAGAGAGUGGCGAACGUCAUCCGGAGAUCAACAGCCCGGGUAAUAGUAGCGUUUCUUAACUCAGGAGAUAUGAGGUUUCUGUUGGAGGAGCUGGCGAGACAGCCGCCGCCUCCACUUCAGUGGAUCGGCAGCGAGGCGUGGAUCACUCACCCAGAAUUUCUUAAAUAUAACAUGUGCGCUGGGGCGAUAGGAUUUGGGAUCCCCCGCUCGGUGAUUCCAGGUCUCCGUGAGUUUCUUCUGGAUCUCUCUCCAGCACAAGCACUGAAAUCUCCUCUGCUAACGGAGUUUUGGGAGAGCUCGUUCAGCUGUAGCCUAAAAGGCUCCUCAGAGGGCGCGCGGGAAUGUGAUGGCAGUGAGGAUAUCCGCGCGCUGCAGAACCCGUAUACAGACACGUCGCAGCUGCGCAUCACUAACCUGGUGUAUAAAGCUACGUAUGCCAUAGCGCAUGCCAUCCACGGUGUUAUCUGUAAUGACACGCAGUGCGACAAGAGCGCUAAAUUCACACCAUGGCAGAUACUCGACCAGCUCAAGAGAGUGAACUUCACCACAAAGAAUGGUUUCCAGGUCUCAUUUGAUUCCAGUGGAGAUCCUGUGGCCGUCUACGAGCUCAUAAACUGGCAGUUUAAGAAAGAUGGUAGGUUGGAUUUUGUGACUGUGGGUCACUACGACUCAUCCAGACCAAGGGGCCAGGAGUUCAGUAUGAGCAGAGCUAUCAGCUGGAUGGGGGGACAAACUGAGGUUCCAAGAUCUGUGUGCAGUGAGAGCUGUCCUCCAGGCAUGAGAAAGGCUGUGCAGAAAGGAAAGCCAGUCUGCUGCUAUGACUGUAUACCAUGUGCUGAAGGAGAGAUCAGCAACAACACAGACUGUCUGAACUGUGUGCGCUGCCUUCCUGAGUUCUGGCCCAAUACCCCGCAAGACAGCUGCCUCCCCAAGCCUGUGGAGUUCCUGUCCUGGGAUGACACUCUGAGCAUCAUCCUGACAGUGUUCUCCAUCACUGGGGCCUUCAUAGCUGUAUGUGUGGCUGUUGUCAUCUACAAACACAGAGCUUCUCCCAUCGUUCGAGCCAGCAACUCAGAGCUGAGCUUCCUGCUGCUCUUCUCACUGACACUGUGUUUCCUCUGCUCUCUUACUUUCAUUGGUCGGCCCUCUGAGUGGUCCUGCAUGCUGCGCCACACAGCGUUUGGGAUCACCUUCGUCCUCUGCAUCUCCUGUGUUCUGGGGAAAACAAUAGUGGUGUUAAUGGCCUUCAGAGCUACACUUCCAGGCAGUAAUGCUAUGAAAUGGUUUGGGCCUCCACAGCAGAGACUCAGUGUUCUCACCUUCACUCUCAUUCAGGUCCUUAUUUGUGUUCUUUGGUUGACAAAAUCUCCUCCUCUCCCCUUCAAAAAUCUAGAACAAUACAAGGAAAGGAUAAUCCUGGAAUGUGGAUUAGGUUCAGCUAUAGGAUUCUGGGCUGUGCUGGGUUAUAUAGGAUUUCUGGCUCUUUUGUGUUUUAUUUUGGCUUUUCUAGCAAGGAAGCUGCCUGAUAACUUUAAUGAAGCCAAGUUCAUCACAUUCAGCAUGCUCAUAUUCUGUGCAGUAUGGAUCACCUUUAUCCCAGCUUAUGUCAGCUCUCCUGGAAAGUUCACUGUAGCUGUAGAGAUAUUUGCUAUUUUAGCAUCAAGCUUUGGCUUAAUCAUUUGUAUUUUUGCUCCCAAGUGUUUCAUAAUUGUUUUUAGGCCACAGCAGAAUACCAAGAAACACAUCAUGGGCAAGGUACCCUCCAAGGCUCUUUGA